GGAGCCGGUGUGGAGCCCGGAAGCUGGUCUCCCAGCCGCCGGCCGGCGUUUCCCUUCAGUUCCGCGUGACCUGAGGCCCGCAGCUGAUUGGACGCGGCCGUCCUGCCUCCAGUCCCGAGUCCCCAUUGGCGGCGCCGAGACCGCUGGACCAUGGAGGCCUUGGCGGUGGCCGCGGCUCUGGGGUUCCUGCUCCUGGCCGUGGCGGGCGGUUCGGCCGGGGACGAGGCCCGGGAGGCGGCGGCCGUGCGGGAGCUGCUGGCACGGCUGCUGGGAGCCGAGCCGGCGGCCGCCUUCUCGGUGUCGGUGGAUCGCGCCCUGGCGGCCGAGUCCGGCCUGGACACCUACCGCCUGAGCGGCGGCGGCGCCGGGGCGCGGGUGCUCGUGCUCGGCUCCACGGGCGUGGCCGCCGCCGCGGGGCUGCACCGCUACCUGCGCGACUUCUGCGGCUGCCACGUGGCCUGGUCGGGCUCUCAGCUGCGCCUGCCGCAGCCUCUGCCCGCGGUGCCCGAGGAGCUGACCGAGGCCACGCCCAACAGGUACCGCUAUUACCAGAACGUGUGCACACAAAGCUACUCCUUCGUGUGGUGGGACUGGGCCCGCUGGGAGCAGGAGAUUGACUGGAUGGCGCUGAACGGCAUCAACCUGGCCCUGGCCUGGAGUGGCCAGGAGGCCAUCUGGCAGCGGGUGUAUCUGGCCUUGGGCCUGACUCAGACAGAGAUCGACGAGUACUUCACUGGUCCUGCCUUCCUAGCCUGGGGGCGCAUGGGCAACCUGCACACCUGGAGUGGCCCCCUGCCCGCUUCCUGGCACCUCAGGCAGCUUUACCUGCAGCAUCGGAUCCUCGACCGGAUGCGCUCGUUUGGCAUGAUCCCCGUGUUGCCAGCGUUCGCAGGGCACGUCCCCAAGGCUCUCACCAGGGUGUUCCCUCAGAUCAACAUCACCCAGCUGGGCAGCUGGGGACAUUUCAACUGCUCCUACUCCUGCUCCUUCCUCCUGGCUCCGGAAGACCCCCUGUUCCCCAUCGUGGGGAGCCUCUUCCUGCGGGAGCUGACCAAAGAGUUUGGCACGGAUCACAUCUACGGGGCCGAUACUUUCAAUGAGAUGCAGCCCCCGUCGUCGGAGCCCUCCUACCUGGCUGCAGCCACCAACGCUGUCUACCAGGCCAUGAUCGCAGUGGACCCUGAUGCCGUGUGGCUGCUCCAAGGCUGGCUCUUCCAGCACCAGCCUGAGUUCUGGGGGCCCGCCCAGGUCGGGGCUGUGCUGGGGGCCGUGCCCCGUGGCCGCCUCCUGGUUCUGGACCUGUUUGCUGAGAGCCAGCCGGUGUAUGAGCGCACGGCCUCCUUCCAGGGCCAGCCCUUCAUCUGGUGCAUGCUGCAUAACUUCGGGGGCAACCACGGCCUGUUCGGGGCGCUGGAGUCUGUGAACCGAGGCCCCACAGCCGCCCGCCUCUUCCCCAACUCCACCAUGGUAGGCACGGGUAUGGCCCCUGAGGGCAUCGGCCAGAACGAGGUGGUCUACGCCCUCAUGGCUGAGCUGGGCUGGCGGAAGGACCCAGUGGCCGAUUUGGGGGCCUGGGUGACCGGCUUUGCGGCCCAGCGGUAUGGGGUCUCCCAUGGGGACGCAGAGGCGGCGUGGAGGCUGCUUCUCAGGAGCGUCUACAACUGCUCUGGCGAGGGCUGCCGUGGACACAAUCGCAGCCCGCUGGUCAGGCGACCAUCCCUACAGAUGGGUACCACUGUCUGGUACAACCGAUCAGAUGUAUUAGAAGCCUGGCGGCGGCUGCUAACCGCCACCCCCACCCUGGCCACCAGCCCGGCCUUCCGCUACGACCUGGUGGACGUCACUCGCCAGGCAGUCCAGGAGCUGGUCAGCUUGUACUAUGAAGGGGUGCGGACCGCCUAUCUGAACAAGGAGCUGGUUGCCCUGAUGAGGACAGGAGGGGUCCUGGCCCACGAGCUCCUGCCCGCGCUGGACGAGGUGCUGGCUAGUGACAGCCACUUCCUGCUGGGCAGCUGGCUGGAGCAGGCCCGGGUGGCAGCGGUCCGUGAGACUGAGGCCCGUUUCUAUGAGCAGAACAGCCGCUACCAGCUGACCCUGUGGGGGCCAGAGGGCAACAUCCUCGACUACGCCAACAAGCAGCUGGCGGGACUGGUGGCUGACUACUACGCCCCCCGCUGGCAGCUCUUCGUGGAGAUGCUGGUUGAGAGCCUGGUCCAAGGCAUCCCCUUCCAGCAGCACCAGUUUGACCAGAACGCCUUCCAGCUGGAACAGACCUUCGUCCUCAGCACGAAGAGGUAUCCUAGCCAGCCCCAAGGCGACACGGUGGACCUGGCCAAGAAGCUCUUCCUUAAAUAUUACCCCCAGUGGGUAGCUGGCUCCUUGUGACAGACUCACCACUCUUGGGCCAUGUUGUCCCCAAACUCCAGGCCUGGGCAGGUUUCCGGGGCCUGGGGCUGGACAAGCGUCACAGGGUUUCCCCAGGCUUAGGGGAAGGAACUCAUGCCAGUGAGAUCAGGCAUGGAAGGUUGGAGAGGGCUGAGCUGCCUUCCUCCCCCACCCCAAAUGUGGGAUCCACGUACUGUUUUAAUACAACUAAAUAAAUGGAUGAAUCACCUGGA